UGGUAUGGAGAGACAGAAACCAUUCUAUGUAUUUUGGCAUUCUCGUUUCUUCUACUAUUGCCAAUGUUUAAAAGUGUCUUCAAAGUUGCGAUUGACUUCCCCCACCACUGCACUCGGUUGCCCUCUCCACCUGCUCCUCCAAAUCCCACUCUCAAUCAUACGAUUUCAUCAAAUACACACGCAACAGUCCAUUCACAGAUUCUGAUUCAGUCACUACACAUUAGUUGACGCACAACAGUCCAAGUGCUCGUGUGAUGGAUACGGUCACAUUGUGUUUCAACAGCCAAACGGAUUACAGUUUACUACCGCCAAUUUCAUAGUUCCCUAGUGAUAAUAUUUAGUCUUUCCAUAUACUAAAUAACAAAAACAGGAUUAAUUAGCCUUUGAAAAGCAAACUUUGACGACUAAAUUAUCGCUCAAACCACAAUUAACAACAAGGAAAGUUUCAACUGACAGAGAAAAAUGCCAGUUACUAGAGGAUCAUUCGGACCACUAGUGGGGGCCAUUGAUGAAGGAACAAGCAGUACGAGAUUUAUAGUGUUUUCUGCAAACACAUCGACAGUUGUAGCAUCACAUCAAGUGCCCAUCAAACAGAUCUGCCCGAAAGAAGGAUGGGUGGAGCAAGAUCCGAACGAGAUUCUCUCAGCAGUAUUGGCGAGUAUCGAAAAAACCAAAGACAUCCUACAGACGAAGGACAUAGAUGCACAGGAACUGGCGGCUGUCGGAAUAACAAAUCAACGAGAGACAACUGUCAUGUGGGACUCUAUCACUGGACAGCCACUACAUAAUGCAAUAGUGUGGCUGGAUGCUAGGACAGCGCCUACAGUCGACCAACUGCUCGACAAACUGCCAAACCGUCUGAAAAGCUACCUGCAACCUCUCUGUGGCUUGCCGCUGAGCCCUUAUUUCAGUGCACUGAAAAUUCGGUGGCUUCUAGACAAUAUUCCAUCUAUUAAAGAGGCGGUAGAAAAUAGAAGAUGUCUAUUCGGAACUAUUGACACUUGGCUCAUUUGGAAUCUGACAGGAGGUAGAGAAGGAGGAGUUCAUAUAACAGAUGUAACAAAUGCUUCCAGAACAAUGCUUAUGAAUAUACAAACUCUAAAAUGGGACUCGACGCUUUGCAGAUUCUUCAACAUUCCUUUGGAUAUACUACCAAAAAUUUGUAGCUCAUCUGAAAUAUAUGGAUACAUCAAGAAAGGAUCUUUAGCGAACAUUCCAAUAUCAGGGUGUUUGGGAGAUCAACACGCAGCUCUUCUGGGGCAGAUGUGCUUCAAACAGGGUCAGGCAAAAAGUACCUAUGGAACAGGCUGUUUCCUCCUCUACAACACCGGACACAAUCGUGUAGAAUCAACUCACGGCCUGCUGACAACUGUGGCAUGGAAAUUGGGAAACGCGAGUGCCGUGUAUGCGCUGGAGGGUUCGGUGGCCAUCGCGGGAGCUGCCAUCAGCUGGCUCAAGGACAAUGUCAACCUCAUAGACGAUGCCUCCCAAGUCGAGGAACUAGCCAAUCGGAACAUGCACACGGCCGACGUCUACUUUGUGCCUGCCUUCUCCGGACUUUAUGCUCCUUACUGGAGGCCAGAUGCUAGAGGUGUAAUAUGCGGAAUAACUGAGGAUACUGAUCGAGCUCAUAUAAUUCGAGCUACACUGGAGGCUGUUUGCUACCAGACAAGAGACAUUCUGGAGGCUAUGUACAAAGACUGUGGAAUUGCGCUCAAUCGACUUAAAGUAGAUGGAGGCAUGACUCAAAACUCUCUUCUCAUGCAAUUACAGGCUGACCUAUGUGGCAUCCCAGUAGCUAGGCCCAAAAUGGUAGAGAUUACAGCGCUCGGAGCGGCUAUGGCUGCUGGAUUUGCUGACGGAGUUAAAGUUUGGGACAUAGAAAACACUCAAGAAACAUUCGUCGAUACAUUCCAACCCGUAAUCACGGAAGAAGAGCGAGACAGCAGGUACGAGAAAUGGAAGAUGGCAGUGCAAAGGAGCUUUGGAUGGGAUACAUGACCAUUCAAUUAUAGUUCAUGUUUUAAAAUUGAUUUUAAUAUGAUAAAUAAUGAUCAAAGUGAAGUUGUAAAAUUGCACCAUACAAUAAGUGACAAGAAAUUAAAAAGACAAAAGACAAUAAUAUUGGGCUGAUAAUAAUAAUUUGAAAAAUUCUAUUCUGCACAAAUCAUAUCAAGUUGUCACUUUCUUUGUUCAACAUUUAUCAGCAUUAGAAGUUAUAAUGUAAUACUAUUCAUUGAAGAAUGAAUUUUCUAAAAUAGCCUCUGAAUGCAAAUACAAGCUGGGAUGUGAAA